AUGUCCGAUUUUCUCAGUCUAGCCAAUCAGAGGCAGUCCACAAACUCCCAACAAUGCAUUUCGUUUGCUCAUCGCUGCCAAAAGACGUUGCACCUUUGUUGGCAAGGAGUGUGUUUGUUCUUUUAUAAAGGCUUCUCAUUUCAUCGCAUUUUAUUUGAGCCAAGAAGAAGCACUGAUAAGCAAGGUACUGCAAACAUGUAAAUUUAACUUAAAAACAACACUGAUAAGUUUGUUUUUAUUAUGCAUAGGACAGGUCAGAGAACGGUGUGAGAUUCGUGCUAUGCAAACGCAUUUUAGUUUCAGGACACGCCUUUUUUGCGCAGCUCAAAUAUUUCAACAUACGAGAAGUUUCUAACGUGGCUGAGUUAUACCGUUCUUUGAAAAAAAUCUCUCGGUAACUUGAAAUCAGAAAGGAUUGAAAAGCGGGAUGGAUUGUUUUUGAUUAGUUGCGCUACGCCUCUCCCGCGGGAACAAAACAGAUUCGUUCAGCACUCGCUCGUCUUAUCAUACCUUCUGCAGGGUAGCUUACUUUGUGGUGCUUUUUACUACAUUAGAAGAAUGAAUACCUUCACUUGUAAAAAGCUUGAUGACAUGAGUAAUUAAGUUAUUUGUUUUACAACGCCUACGCAAUUAGUGAGCCAAGGGGGAUGGAAAAGGCCUCUGGGCACUCCGCCUAUAUUGGCUGCUGUUUGACCCUCACUUGACUCUUCACUGUUGUGUUUAUUCUGCUUUUGUUUUUCACGUGCUGUGAAAUUUAAGAAAAAAAAAAAGAAGGAAAGAAACUAGUUUUGUCUAAUUUUGUAACCGUCAUGAACCACGUUUUUCAGCAACAUAUUAACUAAAGAGUUGUCGCCCAGCAAAACAAAGUUACGUUGUAAUAAUCAGCAUCCAGACGUACUGAGUAUAACUAAGAUCAAUGUUCAAACAGUUAAAACCGUGGAAACAAAUAUUAUGGCUAAUUCGGAAAGGUUUGUUUUCAAAAAUCUUUGAUUAUACAAAAAAUAUUUUGUUCGUUUCUUGUUUAACAACUAUAUACUAGCAAGUCUUUAUUGAUCUCUCAUUCCGCCAAAGGUUUCUUUCCUCGGGUCAGUAAAAAAGAAAAAAGAAACAAUUAUCAUGGCUAAUUCGGAAAGGUUUGUUUUCAAAAAUCUUUGAUCAUACAAAAAGUAUUUUGUUCGUUUCUUGUUUAACAACUAUAGACUAGCAGGUCUUUACUGAUCUCUCAUUCCGCCAACGGUUUCUUUCCUCGGGUCAGUACAAAAGAAAAAAGAAAGAAAAAUUUGUUUGCCAGUAUCAGAUAUCCAGUGGACUAUAACGUAUGUGCAGCUAUCGGGUCGCUGAACACCUAACUAGAACUUUCCAGACAAAAAACUUUAAUAUAAUUGAGCAUAAUCAUAUCCAGAUAACUAUGAUUGAUAUCUAAUAACAAAUUAACACCGGUAACUGCAAAGGAAAAGAUAAUGAUAGCAAUGUUUGAGUAAAAAAGGAAAGAUAUUAAACGAAAACAAACAAACAAACAAACAAACAACUCAGAAAUGGAGCUUUGUAUCGCAUGAAACAUUGCUGUCACGAUCCUAAUCGAUACCUGUAGAAAAAAAAUCGCUACAGAUAAACAAAAAAAAGAAUAUGAAUUUAUUGUGGAAUAGUUAAUUAUUAUAGAACAAAUAUAUAAUUAUAAGUUGCAUGUCAACGUUUUAUUGGUUUGAAUGAAAGGGAAAAUAUAUAUGUUAUUUAGAACGUUUAGCAGCUAGUCCAAGAGGGUAAAAUAUUAUUAGAUUCUUGGACGCCAAAUUUGAUAUAAAACCCUGCAGGCCAUGAUCUUGGAGAAACAGGAUGAAAGUCAGAACAAUUAAUCUUACCUGUUUUACCUGUUUAAGCUACGGACCAUUAGAAAAGUGAAAGGAGAAGGGAGGGUGGGGAGGUUCGAGAGGGUUUAGAAAGUUCAGUUUUCCUCACGAAUUGUUUUGCCACCCGGCUCUUCCACACGCAUAAAUAUUUUUGAGACGAUCAACUCCAUCGCACUCAUCGAUUCCUAGAUUUCUAGCCUUCCCACAUUGUUAAAAUUCACGAAUUGUAUACAUACUGUACAUACUGUACUGUGGAAGUAGUUUUUACAUGCAGAUACAUGUGAUCCAAAAUAAUAAGACACAGGGAUACCAGCAAUGUUCUCGAUAAGCAGCGACUGGCUAUGAAAAAAAGUCAGUGGUACGUGUUUAACAAAAAACUGGGGUCGUUAAACUGAAAUUAAUAUUCUCGCAAAAGCAAUUUCCAACAUUCUUGGCAUGAAAUAGAACAGCUUACAUUAAGCUAAUAUUUUUUUUUACUGAAGAGUUAAAAAGACGUGCAUUUUUGUGCAAUGCUGUUCUUUCUUUAAAAUGAAAGUUACUUGUCAAACUAUUUGCUCCUUUCUGAAACCAAAGCUGCAAUUGUAGUACGUGUUUUGUAAUAAUAAUUAUAAAAAUAAUAAAGAUAAUUACUUUUAAUUAAAUCAUCAUCAUUAUUUUCUUUACUGAAUCAUUAUUAAUUAUUAUAUUCUAUCAUUAUUAUUGUUCUCUUUGUAGGGUCUAAGCGCAAGAUGUCAGGGUCAGGAUCAGGAUCGGGAGAAUUGUCAGGGAUGGGGAAUGACACUGAACUGGAUGAGCCAUACUGGGGAGAAGACGAGUCCACCUAUGAGCCCGAUAAAACCGCAAAGAUGAUCAUGAUUGGCCUCUACGUCAUUAUCUUCUUCUUCUCCUUGGUUGGCAACUCCCUCAUCAUUCAUCUUGUCCGCACCCGUAAGAGUAUUCGCAAGAAUCAGUUCUACUGGCUCAUUGUCAACACAGCUGUGGCUGAUCUCGUUGAUGUGAUCGCAGCUUCCGCCCUUUCCAUUUGGCUCUUCGGAUUUGUAGAUCAAUCGGAUCUAGGAGUAUUUGGAACAGUGUUAUGCAAAGGCUUACCAUAUUUGUUGGUUGUCUCCAUUUGCGCUGCCAUCUGGACGCUCACAGUCAUUGCCUUUGACCGAUACCUGGUUAUUGUAUGUCUCCGAAGACGCGCCCUGUCAUCCCGGUCAGUGUUGCGUUCCAUUAUUACAGUUUGGCUGUGUGCUGCAUUAGUAUCCGGUGUGUACCUGUACAAAUACAAGACAGAAAAGAGUGAAGAUGGAACUAUACAAUACUGUUAUGAACAGUGGCAUGAAAAUGAGGAGAUGAACAACACUUUUUUCAAAGCAGAAGUGAUUUUGAAAGUUGUCCUUACCUAUGCAGUUCCACUCGUCGCCAUGGCAAUCUUGUAUUUCCUGAUUGCCAGGUUCCUGUGGAAGCGCAAGCCGCCAGUCAGUGUCAAUCAACAAGCUUACAAUAAUCAGAUCAGGAAACGUCAGACCGUCAUCAAGAUGUUGAUUACAGUUGUCAGCGUUUUUGCAGUCUGUUGGUUUCCUGUGCACGUCAGUCACAUAAUGCCUGAGUUUUACCGAGAAGAAUACUUCCAUAUUCCAGUGGUUCUCAGAUGGCUGUUCUUCUGGCUUGCGCAUGCCAAUGCUGCAAUUCAUCCCUGGCUGUUCAUUGCCUUCAGUGAGCAUCUCAGAGAAGGAACGAAGGAGAUAUAUCGAAAUAUGUGGAAACGAAACAAACUUAGGCUGCGUAGUCGUAGUGGGUCUACUCCAAGUUUGGCUACUACCGAAGAUCCUCUGUCCAGGUCUCCCACGCCAAAGAGCAAUGGAUACACGGCGGAACAAAUUGCUUGAAAACGAAGCGUGUUUGACGCGAUAUUGUAGAUGUAAAGGGUCAUUGAAGGCGAGUCUAUUCAAUGUAGAUUCGUCAUUGGUACAAGCAUUGCUACUAGUCAGUGGCUUAGGACUCAUAAAGAGUGACUGCUUUAGCAUACCGCCAUGCCAAAAGAUUGUUGACUGCAAGUCCCUAGUUAUAAGUUACUUGCUUAGCUACAUCACGAUUUAGGGCGUAGAAUAGAUUCUGUUGAGACUUCAAAGAUGUAUUUCUCUACCUGUAGACAAAGGUCAAAUAAACCAAGCCGCGGCAAUA